AUGAUUCUGUUUGUCAUUAAUUUUUCAGGAUGCUCAGAUCAUCAGAUCUUUGACACCAAAAAUGUUGCUGUUGGGGAAAAUGUGACUGUAAAUUGUUCCCGGGAUCGUCUUUGGCAUUCAACACACUUAUUUUGGAUCAGACUUGUUUCUCAGAGCUUUCCUGAAAUUGUAGGAUCAACAGUGUCUUAUGAUUCGCCGACUAUUGAAAAGACUCAUCACAUUACAACAAAACAAGAGCCUGAAACUUUUGUUCUACAUAUCAACAGAACACAGUUAACUGAUACAGCUGUUUAUUACUGUAUCAAAGUAAGAAGGCGCAACAUGACAUUUUUGAAAGGAACUUUUCUUCGAGUCAAAGGACCCGACCCAGGCAUCACUGGUGUCACUCAAGACUUUUUGUCUAAUCCAGUCCAUCCAGGAGACCCAGUAACUCUGCAGUGUUCAGUCCUCUCUAAUUCUGAGAACAGAACAUGUACAGAAGAUCACAGUGUGUACUGGUACAGAGCCAAACCAGAUGAAUCUCAUCCAAGUUUAAUGUACAGUCACAGAAACAAUGGUUAUGACUGUAAGGGGAGUCCUGAGGCUCCCUCCCAGCAGAAAUGUGUCUACAGCUUCUCCAGGAACGUCAGCUCCUCUGAUACUGGAACUUAUUACUGUGCUGUGGCCACGUGUGGAGAGAUACUGUUUGGAAAUGGAACAAAACUCAAUAUUGAAGUAUAA